GCCAUCGUCAUCAUCAUCAUCCUCGUCAUCACCAGGGAGCCUGAAGCCAUCGCAGCGCAGUCAUGUCCAGGUCUUUCUAUGUCGACUCCUUAAUAAUCAAGGAUACGGUGCGACCUGGACCAGCGGAUCAUCCAGGACAAGACUUCCUCAUUCCCAUCAGCAUGCACUCCCCGAGCGUAAUGUCUGUCACCGCGCCGGUGUGCCCGUCCCGAAAAACCGGGACUUUCUGCGUUUGCCCGCUGUGCGUCACAUCCCACAUCCACGCUCCCUGCAGUGGAAUUCCCAUGCUGAAGAGUCAGUUCCCAGGCGCAGAGGCACAGUACUGUCAGAGGCUGGCACAGCAGCAGCCUCCUGCGCUCGCGCAUCCUGGACAUGCACCUGUCUGCACGCCCACCUUCAGCGUCAGAGAUCCCAGGAGAUACCACUAUCUUUCCAUGGGUUCCUCUGAAAAUAGCCACGCUCAGAAUGGCAAAAGGAUGCGCACGGCUUUCACGAGCACGCAACUCCUGGAGCUUGAAAGGGAGUUUUCAACGAACAUGUACCUUUCCAGACUGAGAAGAAUCGAAAUCGCCACGUAUUUGAAUCUGUCAGAAAAGCAGGUGAAAAUCUGGUUUCAAAAUCGCAGAGUGAAGCACAAGAAGGAGGGCAAAGCCACCCAGAGGAGCGCGCACUCAAGUUGCAAAUGCGCAGUGGCUCUUACAGACUAUUCACAGUCGGAGGAUGAGAAAUCUUUAUCUCCGGCCUCUGCUUCGGAGGACAAGGAGGUGUCCCCUCUCUGAGACUCAGUGGACUGCUGGAGUCCCAUGGUGGCACUUAACUCUGCCCUGCAUGCUGCAAUCAUGGCAUCGACCUCUGAACCAAAAACGUCCUGCAUGAAGUCGAUAAACUAAGGGUGCUGAGAGAAAACCUUCACUUCCAUUCUCACUAUGACUGAAUAGCAGUUUUUGACAUUUAAAUACUGUGUUGAAGACUGAGCGCAUGCGUGCUUCGUAUCGUGGUUCUCACCUGCACUCCAACUGACCCUCACUUCAAUAGAUGUUGCCUGAUAAUUCAACAACGAGUGAAGCAUGUGUUGUAAAAAGGAAAAGACGAAAAGUGCAGGCGUAACUUAGAGCGUGCACGCAUGAAUUUGUACAUACAUACCUGUAUUUAUUGCAAUAAACAUGACGAGCUGGAG